AUGUCCGUUGUUGGUAAUCCUAGUCGUGACCAACGUCAAGAAGUAGCAGUCACUGAUCGAAUCGAUUGUUAUCCAGAAGCUGAAGCAAAAUAUUCGAAUUUUUCAAAAGAUGCCUGUCUUGCUCGUAAUUGUCUCUUCGACGAUAUAACAGAUCCAAGUGUUAUUCAAUGUUAUCUACGACCUACUUAUGGUUAUCUAUUACAACAAGAUGUACAACAAACAGCUACAGGAAUACGGUUACGUUUACAACGAAAUCAAGCCAUAGCAAGUCCGUUUCUAGAACCGAUUGAAAAUGUUGUACUCGAUGUUCAAUAUUAUACUAACGAUAUAAUCAGAUUCAAAUUGUUCCAAUUUCAUUAA